AUGGUCAACCUGGAUGUCUCUGAGUAUCACUACAUUGACGAUGUCCUCUCAGAUUUGAAAAUAACACCAACUGAUGCCCAGAUAACUAUUCCACGCUACUACGUUCAAGAUGCAUGGAAAGUCAUUCAAGAUCGUGCUGCAUUUUUGAAUACAAUUAGAACUAAUUUUGAGGGAGAAGCGAAGGAGGUAUGAGUGAGAAUCUAUUUAUAUCUCAAAAAUCAGAGAAGUCAAGCUUAGUUAACGUAAAUUCUAAGAUUUUGUAAGAUAAAAUACUGUAUGAUGCUGAAACAACUCCGCGUAACUAAAGAAGUUGUUAUAAUCAUACCAACUUCAGACUUGCUUAUUCUUUUCUAUCUGCUUUAGGGAAGCACUAAUAGCGUAAGGACUAAGUCAACAAUAUCGGAACUGUAAAUGAAUAAUUAUGCAAAGAAUUUCGAGUGACGUGUAAAAAAUUGAUUAGAUAUAACAUUAGGAGCACAUAUUGUCCUUAACACUCUCUUCUUCGAAAGUUGUUCAUUUGCAAUAUACUACCACGCUAUAGACCCUGAAAAUCACUGAGUUCCACCGCUCCGGGCGCUGUAAUUAUUCUCAAAGCCUCGUUUUAUUGUCUUUGCUGGCAUGUUUGCUCCACGUCUUUUAUAGUGAAGCUUAAAUAAAUAUUUGUUACUCUCAGAUAGCGUCGAAAAUUCCAAAUUUCUUGGGUGAUUUCCUAAACUUUUUGGAUAAUUUUACUGACUUGUAGUGCUGCCUCUAUUAUUUUGUACACUAUGAGUGUCAUAUCACAGGUUCUUUGCGCAUUAUAAGGAGGAAACUCUAAUGCCCAUACUUGACGCGGUCCUGCUUAUCCAAAGGCAUGAGCGUGCUCGACAAGGUCGAUUGAGAGCCAAAUUUAUGAAGGAAAUAAGAGAACAAGAAGAAGCUGAUGCAAAUCUCACAACUGAAACAAAAGCUUUACCGAACCCAAAAGAUGCAGCAAUCUUGAUCCAAAAGGGGAGUAGGUUUCUUGGUUUGGUAACUGUUUUAAUUACUGUUGGUAAAAAAAUACCUGACCUGAGGCCGUGCGUAUGUCCACUUAAGUAUUGUCUCCUAUCUUAUUCAUUAUAGACAUGGCGGGCCCACUUAGCCAGGAGAUACACACAAAAAAUGCGAACGGACGAGUUCAUAUGGCUCGGGAUGGUAAUAUCUUGUCGGCCUGUGUAUUCUUUUAAAACUCAUUCUCAAUGUUACUCCUGGUCUUUUUUGAUACAAUUGAAACCACCAAAGGAUGUGUUAUGGAGGAAUAUGUUUGCCUGCAUUAUAGGCUGUAAACUAUUAUAAGGUAUAAUGCGGAAAUCUUCCCAGAUUCACUUCAGUUCAUGAAGACUUUUAGUUUAUUCAGCUCAUAGUCUUUAAGCUAAAAAAAUUACACUCAAGUAAAAUUUUGCGAUACUUGUAGGAACCUCUAAAUCCGCAUUAUAUUACUACCGUGACUGGUCCCACAAAAAUGGCCAAGAGGAUUGAGGGACUUCGACGUAUCGCGCAAGCUAUGAAUGCACAGGAGUAUGAACAGGCCCUGGUUGCAAUUAAGGAGAAAAUUCGCCAAAAUGAAGGUGUGGAGAUGCAGGACAGAAUGCAAGAGCAGAUUCGCCAGUGGUUUCUGGAAUGCCGGUGAGAAAUUUAUAAAGUGUUUGUUUUAGUAAAUUUUCAAUGCUCUACUCUAUUUGGGAUCUUAUUCCCAAAUACUAAACGCUAUUUUGACAGCCACCGUUUAUAACAGAUAUCUGUUUGAAAACUUUCAAAGAACAUGUAACUAAUCUGUGAACAUACUUACUCUAUUAUUGCACAUCAACGGCUCAAUUUUCCCUGAAGUGUUCAGUUUACCUUGUAGGUAAAACCUGUUUCAUGCAACAUACAAUGAGGGUUUAUUGUUAGCAAACCAAAACAUAAAGAGAUUUGUUACUAUAAAACACUGACAUUGUUUUUUGGCUAAACUUUUUCCGAUAGUUUAUCGAAAUUUACUUUUUAUAGUUUUGAAGGGCCUAGCCCUUGUAUGAAAAUAAAUGUAAUGAAGGAUUCGUUUCCCCGGACACAUAAGUUGCUCCGAGGCGUAUACUUUAAAAAUGAGCAGGUUUCUAAUAAGGAUGUCAGGUUAACAAUUAUUAAGUUUGUCUUCAGAGGCAGAAACAGAUUCGACUUAGUCACUUUUUCCUGCGGUCAGCAAUUCUUACUCCACUCUGCGUGAACACCGAGUACACCACGUUACAAAAUAUUUUCUUCAACAAAAUAUGACCUAAAAAGCACACCAAAUGACAUCUCUAUAACUUACGCAAUUAGUCACUGUUUAAAGACUUUGAUAUUCUAAUGCAUUAAUCCUAAAAUCGGGCAGUAUCUGACACCUUUGUAAAUGAGUUUUAAGAAGACACUAAUAGGCGUCCGUGACUCUGACGAGAUCCGAAAGAUGUAUGAACAGGAAUGACAUCAACGUAGCAAUUUGCUUUAUUUGGGUUUCAGGCAAUUUGUCAGUGAUAAACAUCUAUCUACAUAUUUAUGCCAAAAUCUCCCAAACACCGAGCAGUGAACAUUUUUUAAGAAAAUCCCCGAAAUAAAUAACAGAACACACCAAUAUAUUUCAGAAGUUACUUCUUUGAGAUAAAACUUUCGAUUUUGCGCUGAAUGCUCAUUUUACUUGUCCACUCAAGCCGAACACUAAAAAUUGCUUAUCAUGCUUUUAUAAUGUCAAAACAUACAUUACAUAUUAAAACUUGUCUGAAAUGCUUCUCACUUUUCGUUACGUGAUGGACUAUUUCUUCCUGCUGAAUAAUAUGGAACAGUGAAUAUUUUCUUCAAAAAUCACGUUUAUCACCAACAAUUACGUUCAUGCUACGACGACUAUUUUUGCGCCUUUUUCUACAUUAUCGAAUUUUCUAUAAAGACCUUUUAAUGCCUUAACUAUAUUUCUUUGAGCCUUCUUCUGCAGUUUGUUAACCUGCUUUUGAAAUUGCAUAUCCGUCACAUAUUCUAUCGUUCUUUGUUAUCGAUUGUCCCAGAGAUGCCACUGGAAAGUUCCCCGACUAUCCGAGCGAGGAAGCAGGCGGAUCUCUUUGGGUCUUCAAACAAAAACCUCCCGAAAUGUUAGCUGCUGAAGAGGCCGCUCGAGUAAAUUUCAAAUUUUUAAAUUUAUGGUAUUAUUUAAAAUUAAAAGGCUCCGUGUGAGCAUUUUUAUAUACAGUAUGUAUGCUAAUUUAUGAAAUAUUAACGAAAAUUCUGAAAUGCGUUUUCGUUUCGAGAAGAUUAGUUAACUAGGGUUUUAAAAUUAAUCGUGAUGUAGAACGAUUCUUUACUAAUUCAGUUUCCUUGGAAUGCUGUUAUUCGAACAAACUUCAGUACGGUCACAUGAAAAAACCAUGCUCAGUAGAAAAUGGCUACUUAUAUGACAUGGAUUUCUUCUGUGUUUUUUCACCCCCUUAAAAAUUCAGUUGUAUUAUGUGGGAAACAUGCAUAUAAAUACUCACUCUUUUACUCAUUUGGUAGAAAGUUACAUCUUGUUCCAACUUUAUAUUCGAAGGAAGGGUAUAAUUCGGUUUUGGAAAGUUUCUUAUUAUGAGAUUUUUCGAUAUCGUGAAAUGUCCGUUCUUAAAACAUCGUGUCUCUGCAUUUGGUAAUGUGGCUUGUAAAGUUCACAAUGUGGCUAAAUUUUAUAAAACUCAUAUGGUCUCCUCCUUAUACCAUGGAAAAAUGUAUGGUUUGCCGUAUGCAGAAAAUAUACGGUUUGUGGUUUGCAAACCCCGAACGCAAGUGUAACGGCAGUUCGGGUUCAAAAUUAUUCGGGAAUUGGAAACGUUUUUAAAAACUGGGUUAUACCCUUCCUUCGAGUAUAAAGUUGGAAGAAGAUGUAAUUUUCUACCGAAUAAGUAAAAGACUAAGUAUUUUAUGCAUGUUUUCCACAAAAUAUAAUUGAAUUUUUAAAGACAUCGAAAAUCAAUGAAAAAGUUAAUGUCAUAUCAGUAGUCAUUUUUGCUGAGCAUGGCUUUUUCAUGCGGCUGGACAGAGGUUUGUUCGAAAGUCAGCAUCCCGAGGAAACCGAAUCACUAAAGAAUUAUGCUACAUCAUGAUUAGUUUUAAAGCCUUUUUAAGUAAUCCUCUCAAAAAGAAAACGCAUUUCAGAAUUUCGGUUAACAUUUCAUGAGUUAGCACACCUACUGUAAGAAUACAACAUGGAUUUUAGGUAUUCAUGAAGUCACCUUAGAUGCCGUUUUACCCGUCACAUAUGACAGGCAGUCGAAAUCCGUGCAUAAAUUCUGACCCAAGACAUAAGGGCCUUACGAAGAGAAGAAGAACUACCGAAAAUCACUAGUAUGUAUUCCAAUUUUCUUUAGAAUCGUGAAACUUUAAAAUGCCUUGAGUUUAAAAACAAUGAAGUUCAACUGCACAGUUAAGGAGAAGAAAUUAGUAAACUGGGGGUCGGACGAUUUCUCCAACCUUAUUCUUAUCUUUUACCUAAGAUAAGAUCGCUUCACAUAGUUCUUCUAAACGAAAGGUACAAUACAUUGGCUCUUUAUAUCCUGUCUUCAACUUUUUAAUUUUAAAGCUAGCAGCUGAACUAAAAAAGAGGGAGAAGGAAAAAGCGAAGGUCGCAAAACCGGCGACUCAAAAGAAGAAAAAGGUUCGUUGUCUUCUUCAUUCAUCCAUAUUUUGAUUAAAGUUUUGCAUAUUUAGCCUUAAACGGCAGUCUGCACAGUACUAUAAAAGGCUGACACAUUCAAAGUAUAAUAAGGGAUUUCAUUAUUUUUAAUUCCUUUUCCCUGAUUAUAAGUGAUUUUGUUUUUUUUGAUUAGAGGUAUGAAAAAGCUGAGAGUAUUUUAGAAAAAUAGCCAUGCUGUACGCAGUAUCCGCCGGGAAAACUUCACCAUUUCACUUUAAAAAAAUCAUAAACAGGUAGCAAACUGCGAAAGUUUUCCUGUCCUUUACAUAGAAAGCAGUGGCAAGUGAGUUAUUAUUCUUUCUUAUUGUUAAUUUGUUGUAAUGCAUUACCAGGAGACGGCAAGCCUAUCUAAGGCCGUGGACGACAGACAUAUGACCACAUGUAUUCAUUAAAAUCCAUAGAGCAGGAGGGCUUUAUCGAUAACGACGUACUGUUUGUCUGUUAUUUCAUCCGGCCAUGCGAGUCAUGCCUCUUUAAACACAGCUCACAACAUGAAGUGCGCUGUCCAUGCGUUCUAGAGAACCCGAUGUUUUAUCACCAGUACAGGCUGCAGUGAACGAUACUCGUGUAUCCAAAUGAAUCACAUUUACUACCGUUUGCUGAUAGGCCGCGUAGUCCCGAGUGACUCGGAGGAUGUUGACACGUUCCGAAGGCUUCUUUCAUGCACGGGAUCCUCCGCUAUUACCUGGGCCCUUUUACUACUCCACUUAUGGCCUUUCGACACAUCCCCUUUUCUCGACAAAUGCAGUUAGGCAUUCGUCAGCUCUGAAGACUUCUUGGAAAUGCGCAAUUGUGUCAUUGACUGAAGAGUUAUAUUUUGACUCGCGCUGGACCAAUGCAGGGGCUAGGUCAGAGUCCGGUAGGCGUUAUUGGAAAUGUGUACCCGUAACAAAUACCAAUAUUUCUAAGGCAAGAUCUUACUUUGUAGUCGUACCAGGAAGGGAUUAGGGGUUAGGGUUAGGGGUGAGGGGUUGUGGUUUGAAUUGGGGUUAAGGGUUGGAGUUAGGGUGGGGCUUGUCAACUGCAGGUACGGCUACGAAAUGAGACCCGACCAUUCUUAAUGCGACGGCACGACGAGUUGCAGGCAUACCCGCACCAGUUAGGAUCCGAGCCGCCCCCUUUUUGCUGUUGCGUAAAAUGCUGGCCGGUGUACAUCGUGGGCCAGGGGACGUGGUGGUGCGUCUAAGCGUGUGUUUUCGCCAUGCUAGCCACCUGCGCCCUCUCCCGCCUCUGGUCUUUUUGACUCUGUCUUGACACCAGAUCCAGGUGGAGGAUAAGGAGAGAGAGAGAGAGAGAGCGCGGUAGGUGCUGCAAGUCUUCUAUCGCUAUAAAUUAAUUCGCGCGCACGUUGCCGUCCUUGCUCUCAUCCUGCUGUGGAGCGACGGUGGUCGGAGCUUCGUUACUGCUAUUAUAGCUCUAUCUGUGCAGCUUGUUGGCAUUUCUUCCUACAUUAGCUCUUUUCAGGUUGCCACUGGGUUGGCGUUAGAUGAAGGCGUCAAGGCAUAAGUAUUAGCCUCCCACUUUCCACCUAAAGCCUGCCGAGUACUUGGGUGGGGUGUGGGGUGAUGCUCCUUCUAUGUUCCGCCUGUGCCUCUUACAACGGGUGGGGCCGGAGUUUCGCUGGACCAACACGGGAAAGCAGGCCUAGAGUAGGGCACACGUUACCGGGCUGUGCAUCCACGGUAAAUGUCCUACGUGCGGGGUGCGACCGCGCGUCUAGACGCAGGCUCACGUCGCGCCAGCCAACUGCAAUCAAUCCCGUCUCCAAACUUCUUGACUCUGCCAUGACAUCGGGUACUGGAAGGCGGGGGAGGAGAGAGUGUGGUAGAUGUUGCAGAGGUCCUCCACAACCAUAAACUAAUUCACGCGCAAGUCACCAUCCUUGCAUCUAUCCUUCUGUCCGGAAUACGGUGGAUAUCGUUGAUAAAAAUGGUCAAGCUAUCAUGUGUAAUCAAUAUAUUGCAUACUGUCUGCUGCAUAUGCAGACAUUGGCGGUUAUUUUACAGAAGCCGUUUGUAUCUAAUGGCAGAUUUUAAUUUAAAUUUCCAGGUCGACAUCUCUCCAUACUUCUCCGUUGAUAUUCUGCGGAAUCAUUAGCAGAUCAUGUAUGAAAAUAGCAGAGGGUUUUAAUAAGGACGCAUGUAGACUGACACAGCGCUGUUUUGAGUUCAUCCCUGACCAAAAUCGGGGCCAGGGUUACAAAUAUGCGCGCACAUACGGUGCAGAUGCUAUUUGGAUGUGCUUUAUCAAAUGGUAAUAAGCACUUCACCGAACAUAUGUUCGUCGGUGUCUCGUUAUUUGACAAUUUCUGUUGCCGCAGAUUGUGUGUACGCAAGGAACAGGCGUACGCUGUCCCAGUGACUUCACGAACCAAGAACGUUUCAAAUAGUUUACAGGGGUCACCGGCGGGCAAUUAUCGAUCAGGCCGAGCUCAGCCAUAACAAUAAAAGUCGCUAUCGUGACCCAGUUGGAUCUGAUCGUUCGUUGAUUGCUCGGCGCCUCUGCCAUACAUUUAUGUCUCGUUUUCUUUGGAAAGUUAAUGGAGCGGUGCGUACCUAUUCAGGUAGGAACAUAUGCAAAUAUACAAAAAUUCUACCGAGGAAUGGAAGAACGGAUAGUAAUUUCUAGCAAAGUGAACGGUCAGGCAUUAGCUCAAGACUCGCCACUCCCAGUCUUUGGGUACGAAUAAGACGCUAACCGUUCUUAUAUGUUAGGGUCUGCCUGAGGGUAAACAGGGGAUGGAAUAUAGAUUUCUGCCUAUUCUUAGAAUUAAAAAAAUAAUGAAGUAUGUAUUUUUUUGUCGUUUUCGGCUUCUUACUGAGAGGAAAUUAGCUCUCCAUUUCGUACCUAUCAGAAGAUGGGCCGUGUUAGAUGCGCUGACCCCAUUUUCCUUACUAUUUGUUUGCGUAACGGUCUAAUGAGUAAGAUUUUGUGCGGCCCCUGAUCCACUUUUUAUUCUUAAAAGGACAGAGAUUAAGUCGUUUUCCUUCAUGUCAAGCCUCAGUGUUGUAAGACAAUAAACAUUUUGCACAGGAAGAACCCGAGGGUUGGAUGAUAGGACCAUCUGUUUUCCUCGAAGGCCUUCAGAGUGGUUGCAGUGAAUACGAACGUACGUCCCAGGCAUUUAUAAAAUUCUUAUUGUGAUGUUACCUUGUACACUGUCUCAGUCAUUUUCCCGUCCCUAAGCGCUAGGAAAAAAUCCUCGAGAAAUCACUACGUUGGCGGCACUUCCCCUGCUCAAAGCGUUUUGGGGGAAAUAAGCCUACCCCUAGACUCCAAUGUUUGAAGCUUCAGUAGCAACGGAGCAUAUGAAAACCUGCAGCAUCUAUGAGGUUAUGGGACGAUAGUGAUUACAGAUAUAGGGUAAUCCCCCUGCAACGCAUCCGAUUUCCACAUGCUAUUUUCCCACCAAGCCAGAGAGCCGAAAACAGACUUCUCUAACCGAUGUCCCAGUUCUCAAGGGGAAAACGGAACUUUUAUGAACUCAGUGGGACACCAGUGUCGAUUUAAUCGCUUCUAGGAUCUUCAUGUGAAUCAUCCUAUGGUGAAUGACGAUUUGCGACACACGAUAAACCUGCAGCCAGCUGGAUAGAUUCGAAGGUUAAUACAACUUUCGUAAGUAACAUACGCCUCAUAAAAUGUAAACUGAUAUGCUGAAGUAUGGUAUUAGUUGGAAAGGGUUACCUGGGUGGGGUUGUGAUAUUGACUAUCAUGCAACAUAAUUCCAAGAUGUUUCAGUUGCAUUAGGAUGCCGACGUUUGAAUGCGCAUUCUUUCGACUGUCAGCAAACAUCGCAUUUAUAGAUGACUACUUGGACAGUACGUAUUUUUCCGUUGCUUUGUGGUGCUCUUGCAAAUCCUUACCUAAUUUAUAGAAAGCAUACUCAAAAACACUAUUUCCUAUAUAUAUAUAUUUUGUGAUAUACUAUAUUCGACCCAAAGUUUCUUUUAAAAGAUACCCUAUAGUUUAUUUUGAAAACGUUAUCCAAUCACGGGAUAAUUUUGAAUUUAACCUGGUGUUGCACUAUUGUUUAGGGUAUUUAAACUACAAUCCGCACACUUCCCAUCUUUUUGAUCUCCUCAGAAAUUUAUACGUUAACUGAGAGUAAAUCAGUCAAAAUGAAGUUUUGUGGGCUUAAUCCGAAAUCUGAUGUGAAUAUUUGAGCUAAAAUCUAUCGGACUCAGCGAGAUAACCGCGAAAUAUCUGUAAACUUCCCACAGCCAGUCAGUAGUACACACGGGCAUUAUCUAGUACCUAUUCGACUAGUAUGGAAACGCAAUACAACAUUAUACACUUUCCAUUAAAUAAAAAUAUACCUUCCCCUAUGCAACUAAAGAAGUAUUAUAUAGGGCUCAUAAAAUUGUAUGCCUGUCCUCCAUGAAAUAUGUCCGGACCUAAAAGGGCGUACCACAAUUCUGCUCAUUUUAAGACUUAUUUUUGCAGGUUGUCGGAAUGGACGCGCAUUUAACAGACAGCAUCCUAUUUUGACUAAGAUAUUUUGAGAUUAGUCUUCCUGAUAGUCAAUACUACAAUCUAACAUAAGCAAUUAUUUUUAGUCGAUAUCAUAUUUCGGAAUUUCAGUUAGCAUCUCAUGAGACAGGCCAAGUACAUUAACUGCAUCUUGACUCUCCCAAAAAUUAUGUUACGUGCGACAUGUCCUCAACACGACAUAAGGACCGCGUCCGGUGCUGCUUUUUAGAGAUGGCAGUGCGUUGAAAGGGAACUCGGAUCUUUAGACCACGAGAUGGACACGGUAGCUGACUGGUCAAAUACCACUGCACUGGUUAACAUAGCGGGAUACGGAACGGGUAAAAUGGAUACCUAAAAGGACAAGUUAGAUUAUGGCAACAGUUUUUGGCUUGUCAGUCGUUUUCAACCAGCCAUACCUCAACUCAUGUUUAAUAACGUGACCAGUGAAAGCCCCUUUAUCGAUGGCAUUUACGAUAUUUACGCACAGAAAAGGAUCCUAAGCCAUUACCCUUUUUGUUAUUUCCUAAGACUAAGACAGUUUCCCCCGUAAACGUUCUCCUAAUUCGAGUUAUGUACGAGUAGUUAUACUCAGUCGUUCAGCCGAUAAAAUGCACCCUGCGACAAUUAUGAAGGGUUAUUUAACGUCUGUGUAUCAUUUACAUCUUGAUGUAGUCAGCCCCAUAAUCAUAGUUACGGUAAAUUUUUCUUCAAACUUUAGGAUGCGGAUACCCCCAAGUAGAAGUACCAGCUUGAACUAUUCAUUUAUUUAUGGGUAAUUUUUAAAACCAUCUGGUAGUGAAUUAGGAAUUAAAAUUUGUUAUCAGCCGCGCCUGGAAGAUCAUCUUAGGAAAUCUGCCUUUUCAAUAUUUGACAAGGGUAUCCUUCUUGCUGAAACAUUGUUAUUUUUGGGUCUCCAUCACCCUUACUUCAAGCGCAUUUACUGCCCCUUUUUAGAAUUGUGGAAAUAUCGCGACGAGAGCAAUAAUUUCUUCCAGAGACACGAGGAAGAACUGAUUGAAGCAGACAAGCGGGCCGAGCUUGACUUGGAAAUUCGCGUUCAUGUGAGUGCCUCCAUUCCAAUCUUUUGUCAACAAGCUAAUGCACGUGAUCACCAAAAUACGCAUCUAGACUUCGGUUUAGUAAAUUUGUUGAAAGAGGAAUCGCUGUCAGAUCAAUUUAAGGUAUCCCGAGCAUACUAGUGCCUCCUACGUCAAGAUCUCACUUUCUGUUUGGAAUGUCGUUUCCUCCGCAAAUUUCCUGAGGACGAUCGGUUACUAAAAUGAAGGUUACUUCAGGUCCUGGGUUUCUUUAGCACAUGUAUGUGGCUGGAUAUUAUAAGAAAAUUAUAUCAGCUAUGAUAAAAAUCGUUUCAAAAAACUCCCUGCUGAGAUUAUCUGCCUUAUUCGACGGAGAAAAAAAUCCCACAAUUACUGAGACGUGACUGACCGUGGCUGACCGAUGCUUUGAAAAUUCUGGACACAAACAAGGCCGUACUCAUAGAGACCUUUGACUUCACUCUUUCUCGGGCUUCACUAUCUCUUACGCAACCCAGCCAGUCACUCGAAGAUUCGUUUAAUGAAUAAGGCUGACUUUUCUCGGGAAUACCCACCAAAGCCCAAAAAAUACUUUUCCAAAAACUUCUAAAAGUGCUUUGCUUAGAAUUCGGAGGUAUUUGGAUUAAAAAACCACUAAAGAUUUUUCCGACAGACAAGUUAAUUCCUGUCAUAUUCGUUGGGGCAGGAUAUUUUAUUCAGAAUGCUAUGCAGUACGCCUCCACCAACACUCCUUUCCAUUCUACUACUACUAGGUCGAUGAAUUAAUGCGCCAAGAGCUGCGCAACUUGAAAAUUGCCAUAGACAAGGAAAAGCAGAAGCGGAUUCCAAAAAAGAAACCCAAAAAGCAGAAGGGGAAGAAGAAGGGCAAAAAGGGGAAGGACCUCACUCCUGACCGGUAAGUUGUUGGAGUUGUUUAUCGUGAGAACGAAUUGCCACUGAUGGACCACAUUGCAGCAGGCGAAGAAUCAUCCGUUUAUUCCCGUUUCUUUGUAUUGUGGUGGGUAAUCAAACAACCUCCCCCGCAGCGACUUUUUGGCUGAAAUUUGUUUCACUUCACGGCAGGAGCUCCUUCGUCCCAUGAUCAGAUGUCGGAUGGUUUUUUUAGGUCUGUGAGCAAGGUCAACUCCUAGCUGUUUUAAGAGACAGUGACGGCCUCAAAAACGGCGUAACUGUACGGAAAUAUCCACCAGACUCUUGGUUGUUGCUUGAAUCGUCUCGGCUUGCCUUGGAGUGUUUAUCGCGUUCGAUAAAAUUGUGGGAAGGCCCGUUUGUCAUACGAAGCCUUUGGAGUUAGAGAAGUUCAAAAAUUUUUUCGCCUGGCCCUUUGAUGUUUGUUUGUUUAACUUUGCAGGUAUUUCGAACAGGGCUGUGUUUGAAGUAAACGGAUGCCUCUAGUGGUAGCUUAUGAGUCGCCGCAUUUAGGUAGCCUUCCCAUAAAUUAUUUUAGGCACCCUUUAGACUUUCGAUUGACGAGGACGUCCAGGACCGCCAGAUGGUCACUGUUCUCUGCGUCUACUGUAAACUGGGUGUCCGGGAAAACUGA